AUGCAGUCUCCUGUAUUUGUGAUGAACACAAAUGCCAACCGUCAGGUUGGUUACAAGGCACAGAUGUCGAAUAUUCAAGCGGCAAAAGCCGUUGCUGAUGUUAUUCGAACGUGCUUAGGUCCUCGUGCCAUGCUGAAAAUGCUUCUUGACCCAAUUGGUAGUGUUUUACUGACAAACGAUGGACAUGCAAUUUUACGAGAAAUCGAGGUCGCUCAUCCUGCUGCAAAGAGUAUGAUUGAACUUGCUCGUACUCAAGACGAGGAAGUUGGUGAUGGUACCACAUCUGUGAUCAUUUUGGCUGGUGAAAUUUUGGCUGCUGCUAGCCCUCUUUUGGAGCGGAAGAUUCAUCCCGUUGUUAUGAUUCGCUCAUUUAAACAAGCUCUUGAAGAUGCACUGAAGGUUAUCGACAAAAUUACUUUACCGGUGAACGUUGAUGACAAUGUUGAAAUGUUCCGAUUGAUUCGUACCUGCAUUGGCACAAAACUUGUUGCUAGAUGGAGUGAUUUGAUGUGUCAUUUGGCUCUCCGGGCUGUUCGUACAGUCUUCUCUACUGCUAACGGAAGAAUGGAAAUUGACAUCAAGCGUUAUGCCCGUGUUGAAAAAAUCCCUGGUGGAGAGAUUGAAUCUAGCUGUGUUUUGGACGGUGUAAUGCUAAACAAAGAUAUCACACAUCCUAAAAUGAGACGCCGUAUUGAAAAUCCCCGCAUUGUCUUGUUAGAUUGUCCCUUGGAAUACCGUAAGGGUGAAUCACAAACCAACAUUGAAAUCAGCAAGGAGUCGGAUUGGAGCCGUGUGUUAGAAAUUGAAGAAGAACAAAUUAAGUACAUGUGCGACUGUGUUAUUGCAGUGAAGCCUGAUUUAGUAAUCACAGAAAAGGGAAUUUCUGACCUUGCCCAGCAUUACUUACUUAAAGCAAACAUUACUGCAAUUCGUCGUACUCGCAAAUCAGAUAACAAUCGUAUUGCUCGUGCUACUGGUGCAACUAUUGUAAACCGUGUCGAAGAUUUGCAUGAAAAGGAUGUUGGAACCGGCUGUGGUUUGUUUUAUGUUGAUAAACUUGGCGAUGAGUAUUUUACAUUCCUUACUGGUUGCAAGAACCCUAAAGCUUGCACAAUUGUGUUACGAGGUCCUAGUAAAGAUAUUAUUAACGAAGUUGAACGUAACCUUCAAGAUGCUAUGGCCGUUGCCAGAAACGUGUUCUUCCAUCCAAAGCUUGCUCCUGGUGGUGGUGCUACCGAAAUGGCCAUCAGUGUUUGUCUGGCAGAAAAGUCUCGUGCCAUUGAGGACGUUGCUCAAUGGCCUUAUCGUGCUAUAGCAGAUGCUAUUGAAAUCAUUCCCCGUACUUUGGUUCAGAAUUGUGGUGCUAACCCCAUCAAAUCGUUGACAGAGCUCCGUGCUAAGCAUGCUGAGGGUCAUUACACUUUCGGUAUUGAUGGUGAAACUGGCCGUGUUGUUGACAUGCAUGAGUACGGUGUUUGGGAGCCUGAGGCUGUGAAAUUGCAAUCCAUUAAGACUGCCAUUGAAAGUGCUUGCUUGCUAUUACGUGUUGACGACAUCGUCUCUGGUGUCCGCAAGCGUUCCGAUUAA